AUGGGUUCUGAGCUGGAACUUUCAAGCGGCUUUAUCCCUGCAUUGUACAAACCAGCAUCUCUGCUACCAAUUGCAAGGCAUAAAAGGAGUCUAACCUACCUGGUUGAGACUUAUCAGGUCACCAUAGUGGUUGGCCAGACGGGGAGUGGAAAAACCACACAGCUUCCACAAUACCUCGACCAGGCUGGUUGGUGCGAGAAUGGCAAGACCAUCGCUGUGACGCAGCCCCGGAGAGUGGCUGCCACCACGGUUGCAACUCGCGUCGCCGAGGAAAUGCGCUGCAAAGUUGGGGAAGAAGUGGGUUACUCUAUUCGCUUUGAAGAUGUAACAUCUGCCGCAACAAGGAUAAAAUUCUUGACCGACGGAAUGCUUCUCAGAGAAGCAUUGGUAGAUCCCCUGCUAUCACGGUAUUCUGUGAUCAUGGUCGAUGAAGCGCACGAGCGGUCUCUCAGCACUGAUGUCCUUCUGGGCAUCCUCAAAAAGAUCAUAAAGAAACGGCCCGAGCUUCGCAUAAUCAUCAGUAGUGCGACACUACAGGCGGAGGAUUUCCUGCGAUUCUUCGCUGGGGAUGAAUACAAGCCAGAUGCCGAGCCAGCUAAUUUGGGCGGCGGCAUCGGGACAAUCAUCAGCUUGGAAGGCAGGAUGUACCCUGUUGACACGCUAUUCCUCGAAAACCCCGCAGAAGACUACGUCGAACGGGCAGUCAAGACUGUUUUCGAUAUCCAUACCCAGGAAGCAGAGGGUGACGUCCUUCUAUUCUUGACCGGCCGAGAGGAGAUUGACCGUGCAAUUCAGAUGAUAUCCGAGCGUGCGGCGUAUCUCAAUCCCAAGGCUCCUUCACUGCUCACUCUGCCGCUUUACGCCGGUCUCACAACGGACCAGCAGAUGUACGUCUUCGAACCGGCACCAGAGAAUACGAGAAAGGUCAUAGUAUCGACGAACAUUGCAGAAGCAUCAGUCACGAUUGAUGGCAUCGUCUAUGUUAUCGACUGUGGCUUUGCCAAGUUGAGAGCCUACAAUCCCAGCACGGGAAUUGAGACCUUGACAGCUGUACCUAUAUCAAAAGCAUCAGCUACACAACGUGCUGGACGUGCCGGUCGAACGAAACCCGGCAAAUGCUUACGUCUCUACACCCAACAGACAUACGAGUCACUCCCUGAAGCUACAAUACCGGAGAUCCAGCGGUCAAACCUGGCCCCGAUUGUGAUGCAGCUCAAGGCGCUAGGUAUUGAUAAUAUCGUUCGCUUCGACUUUUUGACAUCACCACCGGCAGAGCUUGUCAUUCGUGCCUUGGAGCUAUUAUAUUCUCUUGGAGCAGUUGAUGAUUAUGCCAAACUCACAAAACCCCUGGGUAUGCGAAUGGCCGAGCUUGCAGUUGACCCAAUGAUGGCAAAGGUCCUUCUCGCUGCACCUUCAUUCAAAUGCUUGAGCGAGAUGCUCUCCAUCGCAGCCAUGGUGAGCCUCCAAGGAACCGUGUGGGUUCAGCAUGACGGCGAUAAGAAAGCCGCAGAGAGUCACCGGCGGAAAUUCGCCGUCGAAGAAGGUGAUCACCUUACCUACCUCAACGUUUACCAAGCCUUUGUCACCAAGGGCAAGAAGGACUCGAAGUGGUGUCGUGAUCACCUAUUGAACUACCGAGCCCUUGUGCGUGCCGUCAGUAUCCGCGGCCAACUUAAACGCUACUUGGAGCGCUUUGGUAUCCAGAUUGAUGAGAGUCUCUCGUCUCGUCAUGGUGCUGGAACGGGUACAUCGCCAGAGCAAAUCCAGCGGUGCCUCACGACAGGGUAUUUUGCUCAUGCGGCAAAAAUGCAGCCAGAUGGCACUUUCAAGACUGUUAGUGGAGGGUUGACUCUACAUGCUCACCCCAGCUCCUUGAUGUUUAAUCGCAAAGCAGACUGGGUGAUAUUCCAUGAGAUCAUGCAAACCGGCAACAAGACCUACAUUCGGGACGUCACGAAGAUCGAGAAAAGCUAUCUGUUAGAAUACGCCCCGGAAUAUUACAGGGUCUCAUGA